AUGAUGCAGCGAUUUCCAGGUUUUUCAUUUUCUUCGAUGACUUUUUAUGAAGCAAUUUGAUUGAGUUACGCCGAAAGUAGCUCUAAGUAGCUCUCUCACAUAUACUAAAGCCUUUAGAAUUUAAUUCCCACACUCAGACAUAUUUCAUCAGCAUUCGUUAACGAUUUCCUCCUCGACUUUGCGUGUUUGAACUUUGCUCAGCUUUGUUGCAUUCGCUUGAAUGAAGGAGGAAGUUUUCGCGGCUUAUCAUCCAGAAUCAUGCGAAAGUGAUGAUGCCGGUAUUUCAGACGCCUCGCAGACGCCCGCGGCCCUUCCUCGUCUCGCCAUGAAGGCCGAGCUUCUCAAGCCGAACGGUUAGCUGAAUCAUUCUUUUUUUCCUCGGAUAAAACCGGAGAUUUCUAGCUCUUUUGAAGAGAUUUUGUAUGUGUAAAUUAUAUGACGUUCACCUCUCUCUCUCUCUCUUUCUAAAAAUUUACUUUUAAAUUAACUUAUAGAAAACUGUUUUCCUUUUUUUUCGCAUUUUGCUAGUUUUUUUCGGAAACUACAAUGAAUUUGAACAUUUUUUUGAUUUACAUAAAACUUCGAGUUUUUGAACAUUUUAUUUUGAGAUUUUUUUUACUUGUACUCUCUUCAGUUUUUUGAAGCGCCUUUUCCAGCAAUUAAAACGUUUUUACUCUCAUUUUGAUAAUCAGGCGGAGAGACAGGUGAAAACCAAACUUUUUGACUAGAAAAUUUGCCCGAAGGCCCACUAAUGACACUUUGAACAUUGAUGAUAAGUCUCUAGACGGACUUUAGACUUUUUUUCUUGAGAGGAUUAAUUUAUCGAUUACUAUUUUCAAUAGAUAUGGGGAAAGGAUUAGCUAAAGUAUGUAAAGUGAUUAUUUCAACGUGAGUUUGUUAUACUAAGUUUUUUGAGUUAUGGGAACGAAUUUUUUUUUUUUUUUGAAUAGUUCGAUUCAAUUUCUUUUUCUGUUUUUUGCAACUUAUGUUUUUAAAUCAGUGAGAUGGGCUCAAUGAAGGAUCUAAACGGCUGGAACAAAUAUUCAACGAUGUAUUAAAGAGAUGAAACGGUUCUCUUCAACAUAUUCGAGUUUUGAUUUUUCCUGUGAUUUCCCACUGGGGUAUACAGUGUCUAUUGACCUCAUUUUCACGGUUUUUGAGUUUUUUUUUCGUUUCCUACAAUCGUAGUUUUGAGCGCGUAUCCAUAAUAUUUAGUUGAGAAAAGAUCUAUUUUCGGAUAAAAACUUUUCUGAUCUUGAGUGAAGGAAAUUCAAAAGAAGGGGACCCUUAAGUGCAAGACGACAAUGAAGGCGUCUGGAGGGAUACAUCAAACAUCGCCCGGGGACGCCCUCAUGAAACGUUCGCACCUGUGCCCUCCGCAAACAGUCGCCCUUCUGUUUUUCUUUUUGAAGUUGACACAGAUGGACUGAGGAAAAUUACAAUUUUUUUAUAAUUUUCGGUUUACUUUCUUUCCUUGGAGGCCGACCGUUUUCUUUGAAGUCUCUGAGCUUCAACGAAAGUCGAUGCGAGAGAGAAAAUGCCGAUAAAAUUUUUUUUUAGUCAUUAUUAAACGAUAUCUAGUCUACAAACUGAAUUCAUAAGCGAAAAAUGACGAGAAAAAUAAACUUUUUUUGAAUGAUUGGAAAAAAAUAUAAUUUCUUCUGUUUUUAGUAAAAAUUGACUUGUCAAAAAAAGUAAGUCCAAGGUUGCAAUAAUGAAAUAUUAUUAUUAUUCAAAGUUGACAUUUAUUAAUCUUGAAAAAAACGAACUUUUAAAAAAACCUUUUUAAGGAAAAAAAUUAGAAAAAGUAAUCUUUUUUUCAACUUGUGGUCAGAGACUUACUAGUUUAGAUAUUUGAAACUUCGUUUGAGAAUCGUUAAGAGAAAAUCUUACAUUUUUUUUCAUUUUUCCUCUCGCUAGGAUUUAUUCCUCCUCUCUCCGCGACGCCGAUUCUAUUAUUAGAUUCUCUUGAGGGACGAGAGAAAUCAAAAGAUCAAACUCGUUCAUCCAACAGCCGAAAUUUCCCCUCGCCUUCUAACUUUCCGAUAAUGCAUUUCUCUUGGACCUUUGUGUUUUCAGCAUUCGUCUGUACUUUUUGGACAAAAAAAUGUUUUUUGGCUUUUCGAUUUUUCAAGGUCUUGUAUGGCGAAUUGUGGUCAAGGGCUCUCAAAAAGGCGCGCUUGAGAAAACUCUUUUCCAAAAAAAUGCAAAUAGAAAUGAAACGUUUACUAUUAACCAGAGAAAAAAAGUAGAAAUUAUCUUUUUCCCAAGGAUUUGCCUCAAUAUCAACUUUCAGGGACGAAAUGCCUGGUUUGCGAGCACCCAGAUGGCGGAUCUGCUCACUUUGCCAGCACAUCUUGUUUGGCUUGUGCCGCUUUUUUCAGAAGGACCGUCUCCCUCAAUAUUACGUUUCAUUGUAAAAAGGACCGCUGCUGCACCAUUUUUCAUGGUAUUUUCAGGGCUUCAGCUGGAAAUCAUCUUUUUUUGUAGAACUCCGAAUGAUUUGCCGAGCUUGUCGGUUCGCCAAGUGUCUUGCAGCCGGAAUGAAGAAAGAAUGUCAGUUUUUUAAAACAUUUUUUACCAUCUUUCAAGCUUUUGGAGAGUUUUCAAUGGUUAAUCGAGAAUAUAUAAAGUAUAUAACAACAUUUAAAAAAAGAAGAUCGGUUCUUAUUCUCUGGUUUUUCCAGUGGUGCAGUGGGUAAUUUUUCCCUCUGUUAUUCAUCAAUAUCAACAAGGCGAUCUCUGUUUAAGGCGUUCAAAAACGAAGAAGCAACAAGAAGGCUGGAGCAGCGACAAAGAAAAGAGCGACAUCGAGCGGCGACGAAGACCCAGUGCCAGAAGUUCUCGCGACGCCUUCGUCGUCGUUCUUCCAGUCGCCGCCCAUCUCCGACGACGCCAAUAGUCCCUUCAGCGUAGAGAAGAAGUCGCCGUUCACGCCGAUGUACGCGGUAACGGCGUCGCCUGUCAAGACCGAACCCUGCGACUACGACGGCGAAGGCUCCGAAAGACGGCCCUACACCUCCGAGCCGUCGACGAGUUCGCGGAGUCCGUCUGGCCUCGCCGACAUCGUCCACCCGAUCCCACGACCUUCUACAGCCGACCGAUUUUCCCCUGGGGAUCUUCGCUUCAAAAUUGUCAACAUGACUGGUCCCGAGCUGUUGAGACAUUAUGUCGAAGAGGUUGUUUCCAAGCCUUAAUUCGACAAUUUUAACGAUUUUCAGUUGCGGAAGGCUAUGGACAGACGGCGAAUGAUGUUCACGGAAACGCCAAUGCUUGCUGUGAUGGAAGAGCGUGGUGAUAUGGUCAGUUUUUUUUUCCACGUCCCAGAAUCCUUUUUUGUAGACAUAAGUCUACCGAAGCAGUGGGAAAUGAACUUUGAAAAUGAAAACGCAACUAAAUUUUCAUAUUAUUUCAGAACCAAUCGUCGAAAAAAAAUUGAAGAUCUCAGUUACAAAAAGAACUUUUUUUUUUCCACGGCACAUAAUAACAUUUAACAUUCAACAUUUUGAUUUAAAUUUUUACACAAAGAAACCAGUCUGUCGCAGUUAAACUUUUUCAUAGACACAGAAAAGGUUUUCACUAAAAAAAAAUUGAGUUUUCGACAAUAAAAGUAGAAUUUCCAGCCUUUCGACACGACUUCUCCGCCAGCGCACACCAUGCAGCGGCAGUACGAGGCGCAGAAGUUCGACAACCUUUUGGCCUACGAGUUCUGCAGAAGUACACCGGGCUUCGACCUGAUGGACGGAACCGAAAGAGCCGUUUUUUUCCGUCUCUGCGCCUUGUCAUAUGCCCUUUUGGACAUCGCUUGGAUCACCGUCCAAGCCUAUCGCGAGAACGAUGAGAGCCCUGUUAGUUUUUGGUGAAAAAUGAUUGCCCAGAAGUAUAAGUUUGCAAGAUUUUCUCAGAUUUGGAAAGUCUCUAAUAACCACACUUUCAUGUUUCUGUUCGGUUUAAAGACAUUCAUUUUUUCUUUUUUAUGGUUUCCGAAUAAAAUGAAAUUGGGAAUUCCUUAAGAAAUUUUUUCCAUUUGAAAGUAAACUUCUUGUUUUCAGUUGGUCAUGUACACGGACGGCUCAGUUUCCACAAUAAACGACCUUUCUUUCGGUUGGGAAGAUGAGGUCGGACUUCAGCGGGGAGAGAAGAAAACGUCAGUUUCACUUCUAUCGAAUAAUUCAAUUUUUCUUCAUUCUGACAAAAAAAAUUCAUAGAAUUGAGAUAUAAGUGAAAAAGUCAGCUUUUUCAUUUGAAACAUGAAUCUUAGUUUUCUUGUUUGGUUUUUUUAAAGGCAAGUCUGAAAUAGAAUGUACUUUUUAGGACGAAAUUUCAAUCAAGUUUCUUGUUUCUCUGAACUAAAGUUAGAGUUUUUUUCUCUUUCAGCACAUCUUUGGAGAAACUUUUUUUUCGAUCUCUUCAAUUUUUAAAAACUGGCCAUUUAUAAAUUUGAAAAUAUAAUUUUUUUCAAAGUACCCAAUAAAUGCUGGAAGUUUUUCUAAGAGUUAUGAAAUUUAAUAUAAAUCUUUCAGUCUGUUCUUCGAGUUCAUCGCGCGGUUCAACGAAGCAGUGUGCAAGCCUUUUCGUAGCAUGAACAUCGACCCCGUGGAAUACGCGGCCCUGAAGGCGUUCUGCAUAUGGAAGCUCGGCUACUGCGAGUACUCGAACAAGAUGAAAGUCAUGGCCAAGGAGCACGAGACGGCGUUGCUCAUCGGCCUCAACUCUUACUACGAGGUAGUCCAGCUCGUCCUUCACCUGUCCUAAUCUCGCUUUUCAGGACAUCCUGACCGAUCCUCUGGAGAUCGCCCAACGCCUUGGCAACAUGAUUCUCAUGACUGGGACCGUCUUUGUCAGUUUCGGAUCUCAGUUGCGAAAUGUAAUCUUUGACGUUUCAGGAGAUGAACCAGUUGAUCUUGGAGACGUACAAAAGCGCCGAGCUCUUCGAACUGUUCAAACUCGACACUCUCAGCAAACUCCUCCUCAGCCUUUGA